CCAUAUUGUUUUUUUACGGAAUUUGCAUCAGCGUUGUUUCAAGUCUCCGGCAAUCAGACUUUUAAUUAGGUUUAGGAACUGUGAUUGCGUUACAAAUGUGUUGUUGAAAUUAAUUUAAUGGUUACUCUUUAAGUUUCUACGCCCACCAAGUUUCAUAUUAAUUUUUAACCAUGCGGAGGAAAUCUGAAAGGAAGCCGAAAGAAACCAAAGCUAGCCCUGAGAAACCACGCCGAUCUAACAGGAGCUCUAGACGGAGGAAGAAAUCUUCAUCUUCAGAGGCAGAAUCUGAUGUCGCGGAAGUAGAAAGCAGCGAUGAAGAGGUCCCAGUAGCGAAAAAAGGGAGGUCUCGCCUUAGUAAUACUGAAUCUGAAAGUGAAAAACCCCAAGACAGUGGUAGACCGACCAGGCAGAGGCGAGGUCAAGCUGCAGUACAGGAAGAUAAGACUGACUCAUCUUUUGUAGAAGAAGAAGUAGUUGAGGAGACUGAACCUAAGACCCAAAAAUCUGAGGUUGAAACUUCCGAAGAGAAAAUAGCUGCCUCUGUAGAAUCUACGAAUGGCACAGAACUCUCCAAUGAAGUAGAUCAGCCAGAAGGAAAUCAGGGGAGGUCAGAAUCUGUUGAAUCCUCGCCAUCACCAAUCAGGAAGAAAAGAAGGGACACCGUAGAAGAUCAGAAACCAUCAGCAGAUGAGGAAAUGAAUGAGAACGGAAACGACUCCAGUAUUAAGGACUCUAAAAUUAGUGAGGCUGAUGAUGACGAUGUAGUCCAAAUAAAUGCAGAGCCUGUAGAAGAUUUGGAGAGCACUCAGGAUAAAAUCUCCAAUCUAGGUAGGAGUGAAUCUCCAGAGCUUAACUAUAGUCCGGAUAGAACAGAUGCUCGUAAAUCUGGUGGUGUUGACAGUCAACGGGGAGAUAAUACCAGAUGUGACAGUGACUCAGAGAACAGUGAUGGCGAGUCGGGUGCAAGGAAGAGCAUGCAGUCAUCUGUGCGCCAAGUGGAUACAUCUCAGAAGCAGAGGAGUAAGGAUGACCCAAGCGCAGGAGUGGAAAAAGGAGUUGCAGCGCAGGAAGGGCACAAGGACGGAUCCGGGAAACGGGAGGAGAAGGAUGAGGAUGACAUCGUGGAGCUCAAGGAUCUGACUCAAGAUGAUGAUAUUCAGGAAAUAGGAGAAGUGGUUUUGAAGACAUCAGCAGCACCUUUACCUCGAGAUCAGCGGAAGCGACGUUGGGGCACUUGUCGUGCGGCAAAAGUUGAAACUCCUGUCGUUAUUUCAUCUGAUUACUUAAAGACGAUCAUUCCAGAUGUUAAACCAAUAGCAGAAGACGAACUAAACUUCUCCGAUGAAAAAUUAACGGGAGAUGAGGAGGAAGAAGGUGAGAUCAAGACUCCAAGAGAGGCGUCCGAUGACGAACUCAUUUGUGAUCAAACGGUUAUCUUGGACGAAGAGAAACCAACGGAUAAGAAGGACAAAGAUAAAACUGAAAGAAAAAAGAGUGAGAAGCAUGACAAGGAUGCAAAAUCAAGUGAUAAGAAGAGAGACUCAAAGGAAUUGUCCAAAGCAUCGCCUGCUGAAGUCAACAAUAAAGGAAAACAAGUUGUGCGGAAGAUAUCAAUCGUGUCGGAAGAAGCGAAGAAACUUGCAAGGCCACCGACUCCUUCGAAGAAUGUUCCAUCAUCAGUCCUUCUUAUCACAAAUCUAGUGCGACCAUUCACAAUCAUACAAUUAAGAGAGUUGCUCCAGCGAACAGGCAAGAUCCAGGAAGGUGGUUUCUGGAUCGACGCUAUUAAAUCAAAGUGCAUUGUGGAGUUUGAAAACGAGGACCAGGCUGUAGAAACGAGGCAUGCUUUACACGAUGUUCGCUGGCCAGUGAGUAACCCGAAAUUGUUGCACGUGGAUUUCUGUAAGAAGGAAGAUCUCAUCAAGGCGCAAGCUUCAACCGCGGACAGUGCUCGUAAAAUGGAGAACAUUCUCGCUGAUCCGUACGCAAUUAAAAAAGCUAAAGGAAAUGCACCGGUGAGAGAGUGGGAUGUCGGGAAGCCAUCGUUCCCCGACGAAAUAUUGAGUAACGAACGGUCGAAAGGAGGCCUCCGAGGUUUUGACGAUAUCAAAGUCGAAAGAGAUCGGGAGAGAGAGCGUAAAGAUAGGAUAAGAGACAGAGAUAGAGACAGAGAUAUAGAUCGAGAGCGUGAGAGAGACCUUGAAAGGGACCGAGACAGAAAGAACCGCAAAGACAAGAAUCGGAGAAGCCGUUCGCCUGGAUCUCUUGAACCUCCAGUUCGCCGCCAAAGGAGAAAAGAUGACGAAGCACCGGCCAAGUUACUGGAUGAUUUGUUUUGUAAAACGAAGACUUUGCCUUGUAUUUACUGGCUCCCACUCUCUAAUGAACAGAUAGCAAUGAAAGAAGAGCAAAGGCGGCUGCACCUAGCAGAGUUCAACAAGCGAAUGUCCGGCAAGUCGUCGGACAAAGAUAAAUUCGAUCGAGAUAGAGGGAAAGAGUCCACCCGCGAUCGGGAUCGGGACUCACGGCGAAAGGAUCGAUCGCGCGAUAGAGACCGCAAAUAGUCAUCAAAGUGAAUGGAGUAGACAGGAUCAAACAUCAUCCUUCGGGUGGAAGCCCUGCCCAGAGUCAAAGAUGAAUUGGCCUUGCAGACUGCAAUUGGAAGCUAGAGAUAUCUAGGUGCAUGGCUUGGAAUGGAAGGGUAAAGCAAUAAUAUGGUUCUUAAUCAUCAUAUCUAGCCAGAUCCUCUCUCUCCUCCUCAAUUCCUUGUCUCUCCUCUCCUACUUCACAGAUUUCUGCGGUGUAUGCGCAUUCCAUGUAGCUUUAUAUGGUCUACGCAUUCACCCUUUACUGUCUUAAGAAUCCCCAAGCUUAAUCCUUCUACUUUCUUUGUAUUUCUCAUUACCCUUAGGUCCAACCUUUCGUUAUGUACAUGUAUAGUUUUAUAUAUUCUUUUAUCCAUAUGUACAUGAAUUUAUCCUUAUCCUCAUUUUCGUUACUCCUUUUCCGCUAUCGCAAAGGGAAUCAGAAAGGUCUUACUGCUAAUGUGAACUGUUAGAAACAGCUUACCUUGUCUUUUCAAAAUGGCAGAGGAGGCAGACAAUUAAAUUGGGCAUUUUAUCACUGGUUGAUAAAAUAAGUUUAUGGUGGAAACUAAGCUGAAAUUUUCUCCUCUGAUACUACAUUUUUGUAGUUUCCUCGUAUUUUCUUUCUUUCCAUUUUUUGUUCAUUUUUUUGAAAAGUUGUCCAGUCUUAAGGUACUUGUAAUAGGACGCCUUUUUUUCUUUUUAUAUAUAUUUAUCACUAAUUAGGUACUCAUGAAAUGUCUAAUUUUACUGUUUGCCUGGGGAAGAAUAUCCUCCCUCUCUCAAUAUUCGUUUUUAAAGAUGACGUAAGCAAGAUUUCUCAGCUCGCUAUUAGUACAUGAGACUUAAAAUGAUGAUUUUCAGCGAUUCAUGUUUGUUUGCAGAAUAGUCUUCUCUCAGAGAUUGAAACAUUUGAAAAGGAAAAUCACUUACCACUAGUCUCAAUGAAAAAGCUCAAAGAACAAAUUUUUUCGUCGAUCUUGAUACACACAACUGACAUAUCAGAAUGCUGUUGAUUCAGUAGAAAAGCCAAAGGCUGAAAUCCAAUUAAAGAAGUAGAGUUUGUAAGUGAGACGAGGUGUUUCAGAAAUUAAACUACUUUUCCAAGGACCUGAAAUAUAUCUUAUGGGUGGGGUUUCAUUUCUCCCUUGGCCUUGUGUUCCCGAUCUAAGGAUAGGCUUUGCAUGACUGCUUCCUCCUGUCCCUGCUUGCACCUCUUUAUUUUUCAGGAUUUAUAGCCUAUCUUUUACAGGAUUCGCCCUCUCACUCGCCUCAACUGACAGCUUCUGGAGUUGUGUUAAAGAUAACGAGUUGGAUGUGUUAAUCUAAAUAUUGCGCAGUGUACGUUUGCUAGCAGGGUUUAUUGCAGAUAUCGCGACAGUGAUGAUGCCAGCUAUCCCGCUGAAUUUUGUACUCUCAUCAGCAUUGCAAAUCGGUGUUGCCAUUUAAAGUGGUUUGAAUUCUGUUCACCGAUUGUUUCUUUACACCAACCCCAUCAAAUUCUCUAAGAUAAUGGACUCAUGAAAUUUUAUAUGUAUGACAAAGAUUUUUUGGGCCGUGUAAGAUGUGUACAAAAUUCACAGAAAUCGAGGAUCACAACUUUAAUCAGCAGCCUGCAUACUUGUGUAUCCCAGGUAGCAUUGAUAAUUUUUGACUUUCUGCAAAACUGAAUGGAAGCUUAACUGUUGUGUUUCCAUAUCAUUUCUUCGAAGCGACUUACUUUUCAUCAUGAGAAAAGCAAAAUAGAAUUUAAGUGUCGCGCCUAUGGGUGCACAUUCUGAAAUGAUUAGCACUACAUUAGUCGAAGGUCAUUGCACAUGAUCCUUUGAGAUCUUUUUUGUAUUUUGUUCAAUUAUUUUUCAUACCAAUUUUUUCUGUUUAUGAUAAAAUGUGUUGUUAAUGCUUUUAGGAAACCAAUUUUGCUCGAGUGAUUGCAUGUAAAAACUUUCUAUUUUCAAGCAGAGCAUAAAAUAAAAGAUUUCACCCUAA